CAAGUAGUGUCGGGUCAUGGUUGAGUGAUUUCCUUGGGCACUGUCAUCCGAAACAGGUUGGACUAUACGAUAUUGGAGAAGUCUGGGAGUACUGUGUGAUGUUUCGAUGAAUUCUCUUGGAUUAUAACAAUGACAGACAACUCGAAAGAAAAGUCUGAAUGGAGUACCGUCAAUCAAGAUGCUAGAAUAUUAUAUUCUUCACUGUUCUAUAGUCAAGGUCCUGUUGAUGGCUAUCUUAUUGGUGAAAAAGCUCGGGAUUUUUUCCUUCCAUCUGGAUUACAUCUACCUGUACUCAGUCAAAUAUGGAACUUAGCUGAUAUGAGCAAUGACAAUCUGCUAACAGUUGAAGAAUUUAUCUUAACAAUGCACUUUUGUCAUGGCGCUCUACAAGGCAAGAAGUUACCAAGAUCCUUGACACCAUCUCUCAGACCACCAGACAAAACACCAAUAGCCCUGCCAUUUUUGACAGAAGAAGAAAAAUUAAUAUUUUCCAAAAUUUUUGAAGCUAUUGAUGUGGACAGGACUGGUUUUAUCGAAGGUUCAACAGCAAGAGAGAUUUUCCAGCAAACAGGUUUAACCUCAGAUCAACUAGCACUAGUCUGGGAUUUAGCUGAUAUAAAUCGUGAUGGAAGAUUAGACUAUGGUGAAUGGACUGUUGCUUGUCAACUUAUUAAACUUGCCAAACUAGGUCAGUCACUAGAGGUUCCUAUCAAUGUUUUUACAAAUUUACCAGACAGAAUAGCGCCAGGUUCAUUACAAGCGGGCAAGAAAAGGGUGGCAGAAUAUGAGGAAAAGAAACAGAAGUUGAUGAGCUUAAAAGAACGACGGAGAAUUCAAGCUGAAAGAGAAAAGAAAAGAUUAGAGUUAACUCAGGAAAAAAUUCAAUUAAUAACUCAACUGUAUGAUGUUUUAGAAAAGGCUGGUAAUUCUCACCUACCAGAAUUACAACAACGUCUAACACAAGAUAGAGAUUAUAUCGAAAAACAAGAAGAAAUAGUUUUUAGAUUAAAGAAAGAACAUGAACGGGUUCGACAAGAUACAGUUAAAAUAAUUCUAGGAGAACAGAAAGUCAGUAAUGAUGUCAGACAAAUAAAAGAACAAACAGAUGAGCUUUAUAAAAAUUUACGGUCCUCCCACUCCAAAGCUACCAAAGAUCCUGAUCCUUUUCAUCAGUUAUUUGAAGAAAGGAAAGGGAAUAAGCAUGCAGAACACGUAGAAACAGAUUUAUUCUCUCCAUUUUGUGUAAAUGUUUUUAGUAAAUCGUUCCUUAAAAAACUUCCACCUAAAGGAAAAGACAUUUUUAAUGAACAAAACCAUAGAAAGAUGUCAGACUUGUUAAAUAAUUGUAAAGAUGUAAAUACAGAGUUUUUAAAAUCAUUAGAUCAAAAUCUCAAUAAUGUAAAUAAUACAGAUGCUUUAGAAGAAGACCAAAUAUUUAAAUCUAUACCGGGUUCAACAGAUGAUAAAUCUUGGUUAGGUUUAACCUGUGAGCUUCAACCAAAUGAUCAACAUAUGUCUGAACUUCUCCAAAAGUUACAAGAUCUGAAAACUGAGUUUAUCAAAUUAAACAAUGAAGGAGGUCAACUUGUCUUUAAAAAUCCAGACGACUACCUAUCUAGGAAGCUGGCCAGAGAAGAGGAAGAGAAACAAGAAAAAUUUCGACAACACCGAAGAGCUAGUGAUAAGCGAUCAUUAUCUAGUACACCAGACAGUUUAAAGAGAAGAAGUGUGAACAGCACUCCUGAAAUUUACAAACGUAGACAAGACACUUCAGAUGGUCACAAGCGUAGAAGUUAUAUAGAACGCAACGAUGAAGCUACACAAGCCGCAAGGGAAUACAGAUUAAAGAGAAGAUCACUUCAUUCUGAACACAGCAGUGAUAAAGUAGAAGGCUUACCCAAUUCGUCAUAUGUUAAUAAAAAACAAGAACCCAAAGCACGAAGUUCAGAAUUACUGACAUCGAAAACUACAAACAAGCCAAAGGAUAAAACACAAGAUAAAUCCUUAAAGAAAUCACCUGCUCCUCUUCCACCAUCAAGUUCUCAUCCAAGCAUUCAUUCCUCAUCACAAAUCACACACACACAAACUACUCACAAUCCUGAACUUACUCUUGAACCUAAGUUAAAUGAAAGAGCGAACUCUGAACCUAUACUAGAUAAAGCAGAUAGUGCUUCCUCUAUAGGAACAAACCUAAUACAUAAAGAAACUAUAUCUAAAUCAUCCUUAUCACCAACUGGAACAAGAUCUUCAGCAUCUUUCUCAGAUGAUUCACUUCCUACCUCACCUACUGAUAAAUCUCCAACAAAACCAUCAGUGAAGAAAACUAGAGCUCCUGCUCCACCAGUAGAAUUAGCACAAAAUCUAACAAACAGAGCUGAUCACUCACCAUCUGCUCUACAUGACAGUCAUUUUCCAUCCACUAGAACAACAGAGCCAUCUUUUGUAAAAGAACAAAGAACUGUGGAAAGUAGGUCUAUGUCAGUAUAUGGCCCAACAUCACCAGUAGCUUCGAUUAGUCCGGAUUCACUUAGUCCAACAAAUACACCAGACCUGUCACCCUUAAGAUCAAACUCAUCACAUCAAUUUGAUAAAGACAAUUUUUCAGAUUAUAAAACACAACAGAUGUUUGAACAAACUGCAAUGAAAGCUAAAUCUACUUUGCAAACUGUUCCUCUUAGUCCAGAUUCAUUAAGCCCACCUACACUAAGUCCGACAAGCACAGUCAGUCCACCACUAAGUCCAAUUAAACCUCCAGAAAGACCACCAAGAACAAAGAAAAGAAAAAGUUCAACAAAAUCACCAUCUUCUCCGGCAAUACCAAUGAAUGGUGACCUGGUAACGGAUAAAGUAGAAGAAAAGAAUGAAAAGAAUGAAAAGAAUGAAUCCAUUUUAUCUGCACCUGACAAUAACUUGGAAGCAUUAUUUGACAAAAUGGAGACAAUACUUGUAAAUGGCGACAAGCCUAAAGCUGAGCGUCCCAGUUCAUUAUUUUCAGAAUCUAAGACUAACAAUGAAAAUAUAAUGGAACUUAACAAUGCAGAACAGAGCAAAAUGACUGCUGAUGACUCUGAAGUCAAUCGGGAUGAAAAUAUGGAUAACCAGCAAAGACCAAGCAUCAAAAAAAGAGCAGCGCCAGAACCACCAGCUCCAAAAUCAGAAUCAAGUUUCGAAGACAACAAGGACCUUAGUUGGGAAAGUCCACCUAAAACAGAUUCUUGUGUUCCUGUUGUCACCAUUAAGAAGGAAACCAAACAUAUUGAAAAUGAUGAAAGGAGUACAGAACUUAUCAACAGAAAUGGUACAGGAUUGAGAGCAAAACCAGCAUUUGAUCGAAUGUCUAUCUCAUCUUACGACUCAGCUGAUUCUGUUCCCCCACCAUUACCAAAUUCUGCACCACCUCCUCUUCCUGGCAGCUGUCAACCAACAUCUGAUGAAGCUACAUCCCCUGAUGAAAUUGUUGAAAUUGAAUACACUGUUCCCCUCAACACAGCUCCCAUAGACAGUGACCUUGAUGAAUCAUUCAACAGGGAAAACCACAUAGCAGCCAGUCGUUUCGAAGACCCUGAAGGUAAUGACUACGAUCGCCGUGACUUGAAAAGUCAGUCAUCAUCAGGUAUUCAUAACAACUCAAAUAAUCAGUAUACUAAACAAACUAACAACUCCUCUUAUAGUGAAAAUGAGCAAGGUCAUGUUUCUUCAACAUAUGAAUCAAGAUCACAAAAUCGAUCUUCUUCAGCUAUAGAUACUAGCUCGAUUAGUCAGUCUUUAUUGGACAAUAAAAAUUUCUUUGAAACUCAGGCAUUUCAGGAAACUGAUUCCAAAAGCACUCUAAAGAGACAAACUUAUUCCACAUAUGACCAAAGGUCUCCCAAACAAUCUUCAUCAGACAUUGAUGAUAGCUCAAUCAGUCAGUCCUUAUUAGAAAAUAAAAAGUUCUUUGAAACACAGGCAUUUAAAGAAACUGAUUCAUCAAACAUUCAGAGACCGACUAACUCAGCCAGUGAGAAACAGUCUCACAAACAUUUAUCAUCGGAUAUAGAUGAUACCUCAAUCAGUCGAUCUUUAUUACAAAAUAAAAAGUUCUUUGAAAACCAGGCAUUUUCUGAAACUGAUUCUUCAAAGGGUAGGCCAUACAAGGCUUCUUAUAGUGGUCCGUCUGUAAAAGCAUAUGAAAGGUAUCAACAUUCCGAUGAAAGCUCUCAUGAUAGUUCUUUCAAGGGAAAGGAGUAUGAUUUCCCAAGGAGUCAAAUUGCUAAUGAAGACUCGCCAAUGAAUCGAUAUUUGAAAGCAAUUAAUAACCAGAACUCGGGACCCCAAACAUUACCAGAUAAUCAGCGCAGGUCAGAUUAUCGAUCUGCAGCACCCGUUGAAUUAGGCCCCAAUAGAAAUACAUCUGUACGAUCAAAUACAGAGAACAAAUUAAGUAAUGAAACUAAUUAUCAUCAGACACAACCAUCAUCUAGCAAAUCACUUGCUGUAUCUGCUGAAACAACGGACUUGGCAUCAGGCAUGAGCACUAGUUCAUUGACUAGAAAAAAGGGCAAAAAAUACACUGACCGAGUAAAAGUACUGGAAAAUGUGGCUAAGAUUAAAGUAAGAAAUGGUUAUAAGAUUGACCAGUCUGAUGAAUCUGAUCUUUCUGAUGAUGAUGAGCACAAUGGUUUCAAUGCAAUUUUUUCUCCAGGUGAUAGUGGUAUUAUGACCAGUGUACCUACUUCAUCAGAUGAAACCGAUGGUAACAGUCAUGGACCUGUCCGUAUCCUCUCCUACAAUCUAACAUCCAGCCAACUAGAUAAUCCAUUGAUAGAUAACAGCAUGGAUUCACAAUAUGAUGAUUCUAGUUUAACUUCUCCAUUGGUCUUUGAAUCUAAACGAUCUUUGUUUGAAGAAAAGAAGGACAGAUCUUCAGCACAAGCCAUGUCACCAACUUCUCCUACAUCCACCACAAGUUCUGAUGGUAUGAUGUCUCCACGAUACAGAAAAUACAAUGGUCAGGAGCUGGUGGAUAAAGCUCGGCAGUUUGCAGAUAUGGUGCAGAAACCCAAUUUUACAGUGAAAACCAAGGGUUCCGAUUCUGAUGAAUUCAACCAAGAGACGCUGCAAGAGUUUGAAUUGAAUCGUAGAUCUGUGAUCAGCCAGUCAACUGUAAGAAAGAAAGAUGUUCGAAGUCCAACAGAACCUGAUCAGAAACUAUUUGAAGAGGCGGAAGAACUACCCAUUCAGAAUACAGAAAAAAGUCCAGUAAAACAUUGGGAAGUAAACACUGAACCAGUGAAAAAUCGUGUCCCGGAUAUAGGUUGGAAUAAUUCAUCCGGAGAAAGAAAUAAUCUUUUUAGUCAAAAUAUUGUGCAGGAAAAUGAAAGCACUGACUCUGUGAAUCGUCAGUCUCUAUCAGAUAGUUUACAUAAUACAAAACGCCAGUGGGAAGGUGUAUUUAAAGACCAUAUAGAUAACCAAUAUAAAGACCCUAAGGAAAAGCCUAAAAGCAGUGUACGACAUUGGGAAGUCAAACUUCCUAAUCAAGUUAUACCUCGAGGCACCAUUAGACAACAAGAGGACCUCACUUCAUCACCGAACAAAAUGGCUGACACAGAGAGUGCUAUAGAUCGUGAAAUUCGUUUAGCUAAUGAAAGGGAGGAUCUUCUCCGACGAGAAAAAGAGGAAAGACUCAAAUUAGAACAACAAAAUGGUAAAUUGGACAUUUCUAGUUUCGAAAAUGCUGCUAAUUCUCCACCUUCAAAUAAACCACUUUAUCAUGAGAUGACAGAAGCUGAUCGUGGUUCAGAAAUGUGGCAACGUGAAUCAUUAAUUCAACAAGAACUCCGCGAGCAAGAAGAAAGAGAAGUUGCACUCAAGAGGAAAAAUUUGACACCAGUUAAAGCAAACCAGGAUAGUGAUAAUUCUGAAGAUCAGCCAUAUGAAAGUAUUAUUCAGAGAGAGAUAAGAUUACAGAGAGAAAGAGAAGAAGAAUUAGAAAGACAGAGAAUAAAGAAACAACCAGUAGUAGUUGUAGAAGAAGACCCAGUUCCCAGCCCUCCUGCUGCUUCCCCCGUCCCCCAAACAAAUAACAAUAAUAAUAAUAAUGUACAAAGCGAUAUCAACCAUAAUGAACAAAAAGUUAAUAUUUCUUAUGAAGAUGCUAUUUCUGGAUUCCAACAUGAUGGAGAAAGUCGUAUUGCGAGAGAGAUGAGAGAAUUGCGUGAGCGAGAAGAAGAAAUCAGAAAACAGCGAGAACUUCUUCAAAAUAAUAACAAUAAACAAUCCUUGCCAAAUAAUCAGACUCCACCUAAAUCAGCAUCUUCACAAUCCAUUACAAAAUCUUCCUCAUCCACUUCCAUUAAUACAACCAAACAAGGUACAUGGCAGAAAGAAGUUUCACCAUAUAUACAAAAUCACAAACGCAGUGACUCUGUUGAUUCCUUAGCUUCUAGUCAAAGUACAGGUCGUACCACUUCCGAUUAUACCCCAUCUCGAGAUGUAAAAGUCAUGCCGAAUAUCCAGCAAGACUCGGAUGAAGAGAGUACCCCAAGAUACGCUCCAACUUCAGAAACUCCCAUUCAGAGAGAAAUCAGACUAGCUCGAGAAAGGGAAAAUGAACUUCGACGAAGCAAAGGCUUACCAGAAAUAGAAGCCCCAGUGGAACCAACUCCCCUUAAAAAGAAACCACCAACAAACACACAAAAUACACCGACCAGCAAUUAUACACCGUCCCCUAGAAGUCGACAAGAUAGCAGCGGGCAAGCGGUUAGGAGCUAUGCUUCUAGUAGGUUACAGCAAGAACUAAGUACUCAAAAACAACGCGAGUUACUUUACAGACAGGAAGGCAAAAUUAUUACUACUUCAGAAGAACAUAUUGAACCCAUGAAAUAUACAGAAGUGACUGGUUCUGAUCAGAUUGAUGGAUCAGUUAAACGAAACUUUAAAAGAAGCAGUAUAUCUAGCAAUAAUAUACCUUCUCCUGAAACUCCUCCAGCAGAAGAACCACAAAUACAACCAUCACCAGUUAAACCUAUUAAAGGAGGUGGUGGUGCCUCGUUCUCUUACAAAGAAUCACGUCAAACGGCUGAAUCCAAAAUUGAGCGGGAGUUACGUGAAAUGAGAGAAAGAGAACAAGAAUUAAGAAUCCGAAGAGAUCCAAAUAGCAUAGAAGAAGAACCGGAGAGUCCCACAGACACUACCUUCGCCAAAUCAGCGACAGUUGGACCAGAUGGUCAAAAGAGAAGUUUAGCGGAUAGAUGGCAACAAGUUUGUCAGAGUUAAAACAAGACAGGAGACAAGAAAUAAAAGAUUAUAUAAUUACAUAUUUAUAAUACAAGUAUUUUAUUUAAUGGUGCUUUAUAAAUUCUAUGUUAAAUAACUUGUAUUGUAUGUCAUUACUAUAUGUUUUUGUAUUUUUAAAUUUUAAUAAUUUUUGGCACAAUUUUAAGAUUUACAUACCGGUAUAUGUCUAAGUUUGAGGACUGUUAUUGUUUUGUAUAAAUUGUUAUACAUUGAUAGUUUUGUAUAGUUAUAACUGGGUAGAGAUAUUAAGUCAAGUGUACUUUACAAAUGGUAUGAAACCAUGGACCUGAUAAUAUUUUUUUAAUUCGUUCCUUGUCUUUUCAUGGUGUUUUCUCUUGGAAUUAUGUUCUUUGUACAUUCCUGCUUUCACCCACACCUAUUCCUUCACAUUCCAAUUUCCAAAUGUUUGGAUUUACAUUCCUCACUUUUUGUAUUUUUUCGAUGUCUUUAUCUUUUUGUAUAUAGCCAUUUUGUACCUUAAGAAUAGAAGAUAAAGUUGAGUAGUGUCGUAGAAUGUAAAAAGUACAGAUACAAGUUCAAUGUGUGUUCAUCUGUGACGUCAAAAUUCUUCAAUUAAAUAUGAUUUGCAGACACAGAUGUAACCAAAUAGACUGAACACAACAUAAAUAGAAAGUGCAUAUAGCAAACUAUUGAAUUUAUAUAAAAAUAUGUUUUCUUUAGCAUAACAAUAUAGAUUUAUCUUAUAUAAAUUUUGUGCUAUUUCUAAUUAUUUAAAAAUUAAAAAUGUGUAUUUACCAACUGCAUUUAUUAAAAUAAAUGAUUAUAGCGUUACAGUGUUGCUUGCACUUAUGUAUUCAUAUAUCAAUAUAGCCUAUAUAUCUUUAACCCACCCAACCCAACCCAACCCAGGAAGGUACGGAUCUGAACUGUAAUAUAUUUGUCUAAAGCUAGACUAAAAUAGUAUAUUAGAUAUAGGAAUGUAGGUAAAGGUAUAGUUAAAUUGAUAUUUGGCAUUAUAUUAAUAUUAAUAGAUUUAAAUUCACUAGUACAAGUUUCUAGAAAAUAACUUGUUGCCUACAUUUAUACAAUAAAGUUAUAUGUAUAAAUGUGUUUAUGACUUAAAGAAUGAAAGAACAUUAUUGCCAGUUCAUUUAUUAAAAGAUAGAUUAGAAGAUGCUUUCUAUAUAUAAUCCUGUAUUACAAGGGAGUUAUUAUUAAGUUUGAAUAUAAUUAUAUUUUAUAAAGAUCCUAAUAUUUUGUAGCAUUAAGAUAUAGUUAUUUUAUUAGAUUACAGGUAGUUAAAAGUAUACCCACAUUCUAUGUUCAUCAUGUUCAACGAAUAGUCAUCCAAUCACAGACCUUGCAUUGAGAAUUCUAAUUGAUGUCAAAAUAAAUUUAAACAUAUCUGGCAUUGGUUUGUUUUGGGUUUUUUUUUACUAAAGAUUAGACUUUUAAACUGGAUGCCCAUGUAGAAUGUGGGUAUACUAUAAUACCCCUAUUUUUUCACUGUUAAUAUAUCAAGCACAAUUUUUUGUAUUAAGAAUAUUUGUAUAUAUAUAUUUCAUAUUAUACACAUGCUUUAGUGUAAUAAGGUAAUAAAUAUUUGAAUUCACUUUUAGAUGAUUUUACAGUAAAUUACUUGCUUGGAUUUAUUAUAACAAAGACAAAUAAUACAAAUUUAGAUUGCAAAUAUAAAUAAUUAUCAAAUAAAAAUUUUCAAUUUGGAUAAUAUAAAAGUAAAGUGUUUAAAGUAAUUGAAACAUAAUUUGGAGUUUUCAUUUUGAAAUGAGAUAGAUAAAUGUGCCUUGGAUUAAUCAGUCCAAUUUGUUAAUAUGUUAAAUAAUGUAAAAGAAUUAUACAUAAAUAUAUGUGCAAUGAUAAAUAUGAUAUAGGUAUAAUUACUUGUACUGAUUUAAUGAGUAGAAAAUAUAUUUAAUGUACAUUUAACAGUGGAGAUAUUAUUUUAAUAUUAAAAAAUAAACAUUAUUAUUAUGAUGUCUCAAGCAAUAAAGUUAUAUAUGAA